GGUUGUCUCGACAGUCUCCUGCAAAAAGCUACAUCGCUCGUUUCAAAAUGCGUGGCAAAUUUUCGUUGCUGGCUAUCGCUGUUGUUGUCACGACGGCGUACGUGACCGCUGCGGCCAAAGAUCGGGCGUCGGAUGCGUUCAGUUUAUUCCCUUACAAAAACUACCCGUACUACGCCGAGCAAAUCAAGCCAUCGUCCAACAAUAACGCGGAUGCGCAUCGCCAGCAGAUGUUGACCAUGUCGUUCGUCUUUCCGGCGGUGAACCUUCCGACCCGGCUCACCAUCCUCGAAACGUUGACUUCCACUUCGACCAUCGUUUGCACCAAGUCUGUCAGUAAUCAGUGCUCAGUUCGACGGAGAACCCAACGGCCGUGGCGAUUCAAUCGACCGCCAAUCGCUCUGGCUAAUCAAAACUAUGGACCAGCGAAAACUGACGAUUUAUUCAACAUGUUGUUGGAAGAUGAUAACGAGAAUCAAUUCCCCAUUUUCCCUUCUGCUGUGCAAGGAGUUGAGGCUACUCAAUUCCCAAGUCGAGAGGGUCGUGCUGCUGACCCUCAAUUGCUGGUGGUGGCUUCGAGAUACUAUGGCAACCAGCAGCAGCAGGCUGAAGACAUUAUUGAGUCUGGAUUCCGUUCGGACAGUUUCAACAGGCGGAUUCCAUCCGGAAAUGGCCAACGUCAGCAGCAGUUCUUGCAAAGUUUGAUGACGGUGACAAGGAGGACGACUAUCCUGGAAAUGGACGUCUCCACAUCGACUCCCAUUUGUUCGACCCUCGGGAGACUCCCGCAAUGCCCACCUGAGAAACCCCCAAGACAAUGUGUUUGGGAUUAGAAAAAUGCAUGUACUUAAUUAAUACAGUAUUUAUUGGAUUCGAAUAGUCGAAGCUCUAAAUAAUUCUCAGCGAUCCACUCUAAAAUAAUAUUUUAAUUAAUGCGGGAAACGGAAUUGAAUUAAAACGCGCGCAGUUAUUCUCUUAUCGUUCCCGUUCGUCACCAUUUCAACAGCAUCUGAGUGCGCACGAAUAUGAAUUGCGGAUUACUAUUCGAUACAGACGUUUUUAACCAUUCUUAUUUAUUGUGGUGUUUUACACUGCUGUUCCCAUCUUGAUCCAACAUUGCAAAAUCCAACAUUUAUAAUUACGAUGAUGUCAAAAAGAGUUGCCGAAUAAAGUACAAGAAAAAUUUA